AUGGGGAGUGAAUUGCCAACCAGUGACUAUGCCUGCGAGAGCCUGGACAAACUGGAGGAGAAGCUGCCUGUCCUCCAACAGCCAGAUGACAAGGUGGCCUCUGAUGCCGAAGAGCUAGUAUCAUCAACACUGACCGGUGCCAAGGAUGCUGUCUGCAGCACGGACACUGGAGUGAAGGAUGCAGUGACCAGCAUGGUGGGUGUGGCCGAAGGGGCUGUCCAGGAGAGCGUGGAGGUGACCAAAUCCGCCGUGACCAGCAGCGUGAGCACAGUGGUGGGCUCCAGCAUGGGGCAGACUAUUCUGAGCGGUGUUGACUUGGUACUUGAGACGUCGGAGUCGUUGGUGGAUCACUACCUCCCAAUGACAGAUGAGGAACUUGCUAAACUUGCAGUAUCCCUGGAGGGGCCAGGAGAGGCUCCUGCAGAGCAGCAGAGUUACUACGUGCGUCUGGGUUCCCUUUCGAGCACGCUGCGCCAGCGAGCCUACCAGCACGCCCUGGGCAAGAUGAGACAAGCCAGGCAGCGCACCCUGGAGGCCGUCUCCCAGCUCCAGCAAACCAUUGACCUGAUGGAACAUGCCAAGCAGGCCGUGGAUCAGAAGGCCCAUGAUGGGCAGGAGGAACUGCAGAAGAUGUGGCUGGAGUGGCGCAAGGGCCAGUCAGGAGGCAGUGAGGACAAUGGCUCACCACAGCCAGAGGAGAUGGCGUCCCAGGCUCUAGCCACUUCCCAUAACCUCAUCCUGCAGGUGCAGACUGCCUGCCAUAGCCUCCUGCCCAACAUCCAGGGUCUCCCUGCCGCUCUCCAGGAGAAGGUUCAGCAAGCCUAUGAGAACAUGGGAGAGCUCCAGACUUCCUUCUCCAAUGUCCAGUCCUUCCAGGAGCUGUCUGAGGGUAUCCUGACCCAGACCCGGGAGAAGGUGACCAAAGCCCAGGAGUCCCUGGAUGAGCUGCUGGAAUAUGUGGUGCAGAACGCUCCCCUCACGUGGAUUGUGGGACCCUUUGCUCCUGCUGGAGACUCUACUGAGAAGGUGGAGGUACCGGCGGAGGCUGAGAAGGUGGAGGCAGAGGCCUGAAGUAGAGGCUGUAUGGUGAUCUAAUGCAAUACAUCUCACUACUGCUCAAAUAGAGCUUAAUGUUUACAGUCAGAAUAGUCUAGUCAUAGUUGGCUUUGGGAUCGGAGUCUGUUACUUUGCACACUGUAUGUCCAGCUAUAUGCACAUGACUCUCCAAUGUAUUUAAGGCUGUCUAUCUUGUAUUCAAGUCCCUACUUGCUAGAGCACCUCUGAUGCUCUUCCUGGUGAGGUUUGAGUGGGAAUACCACUCUCUGAUGCAGGCCCUAAGCUUUAUGGCCUUAAUGUCUCCUCCAAGGGAAUGGGAACAGACCUCCAAUCCCUUUAUUUGGGAGACUCCUAUCUCUGAUCUUUCAAAGUCCUGGUAGGACUUCCUCGGGACUGUCUGUUAGGGGUAUAAAAAGAGUGAGGGUGGGACCUGGUCUGCUUUCUGGUCUUGCCCCUACUGUGCAAACACCUGACAGGAUAUCGCAGACCCUCACCCUGGUUUCCCUUAAACUCCACUUCCCCUUGAAGUACUUCCUUAAGCAUGGAAGCUCACUGCCUGUUCUGCACGUAGCAUCUCCUGCUCCGCAGCACCAUGCCCUUAUUGUGAGGGUUGCUAGCUUUGUCCUCUUAAUAGCAUUGCAUUGUUGGGGUACAGAGGCUGGUCUCAUACUGCUUCCCUGAGACAGUCCAUAGUCUCUGCCCCUAGAAAGACCUCCACCCUUCCCUGUGACUGACUUACAUUUUGUUCUACUUGUAAAACUACUGGCUGUACUAAAAUAAACAUUCUAACUGCAUAGAUAAGG